AUGCCUAUUAUUACAAAUUUUAAGUCCGAGCCGCCGAGUGGUGCUAUCGGUCCCUUAUUGGUGAGAAAAAAAAAAUGCGUAAAGAAUCUAUCUGUCGCAUUAUGCAAAAAAAAAAAAAAAAAGAGGAAUCAAUAUCAACACAAAUUAUUUGCCCCAUAUUUGCGGCCUCCAACAGAUACGACAACCACAGGUACUUGUUUUAUGCUUUCGACUUGUCUAAUAAGGAAUUGUGUCUUAAUAAGACCACGAUUGUUUGUAAUUUGCUUAAAGGCCAUCCGAUGUCAAUCCAAAAAGCUGGAUUUCCCUGAUUUUACCAAGAUUAAUGAUCCUAAAUUAAGAGAAAUCAUCGAAGGAUCCAAUUUUGGAACCGAAGCAAUAUUGAAAAAGCAACGUGAAGACCAGGACAAGAAGAAGAAAAUGGAACAAGAAAAAAAGAGAUUGGAGCAAGAACGUGAAGUAGAAAGAAGGCGUGAAGAAAAACGUGCAAAAGAAGAAGCAGAAAGUAACAAGACUGACAAUAAUAACGAAGCAAAUCACAACAAUGAUGAUAAGCUUGCCACAGUCAAUGCAAAAUUAGAAUCUGAUUUCUCGAAGACUGAGUCCGGUAAACUUCGAGGAGAAAAUACUGGUACACGUGAGACUGUUGUGGAAACUGAGGAAGAGGAAUUAAAAUUGAAGGCGGAAAACAAGAUUAUUGCGACCAGCAAAGACUCUGUUGAAGAAAGUGAUAUUCCCAAUUUGGCAAAGGAGAUCAAUGAAACAAUCCAAAAAGAAAUAGCUGGGUUACCUUCUCAAAAAGCUAAAAACCAAAGCAAGUUGGCCAAGAACCUAACGAAAUAUUUAGACUCUGCGCAUGAUACAAUUUUAACUGCUACAAGGGCAUUGAAUGAUGUUACCGGGUAUUCAGCUAUUGAAAAAUUGAAAAAAUCUAUAGAGACUCAAGAAGUUGAUUUGAAAAAAGCAAAAGAGACGGUUAAACAAUGUAAAAUUGCAUAUGGUGAAGCCAUCCAACGAAGAUCACAAUCACAAAGGGAAGUCAAUGAGUUAUUGACCAGGAAACACAAUUGGUCACUGAACGAUUUGGAGAGAUUCACCGAAUUGUACAGAAAUGACCAUGAAAACGAAAUACAUGAACAAGAAGCAGAGAGAAAAUUGGACGAAGCAGAAAGUAAGGUCGAUGGGGUGCAAUUGAAGUUAACACAACUGAUUCUUACAAGAUACCACGAAGAACAAAUUUGGUCUGACAAAAUCAGGAGAUCCUCUACAUGGGGAACUUGGGUUUUGAUGGGUCUAAAUGUGAUUCUUUUUGUUGUUGCCACGUUCAUUGUCGAACCAUGGAAAAGAAACAAGUUGGUUUUUGCAUUUGAAGAUAAAGUGAAACAAGUGUUGGUGGGUAUUUCACAAGAGAACGAGCAGAUUUUAGAUCCAAUUAUUGACAAACUUGAGCCUACAGAUGGACAAGUUCCCAUCAAAUCAUCAUCAUUUGACUUUAAGUUUGUCGCCAAUUCUUGGCAUGGUUUAAAAGCUGCUCUUGUGCGGAAUUAUGAAGCAUUAAUGUCGUCUGAAAUAACGAAUUUGGAGUUUGAUAAAUUCGAAUUUGAGUUGUUUACAAUGACGGUAGCGAUAGUGGCAUUUAGCAUGGGAAGUCUAAUUGUCUCCAUAUUUAAAUAA